AUGCUCAACACACAACACCCAACGAUGGCUGCCCUGCGGGAGCCCAUGGCGCAGCCUAUGCCGCAGCCUAUGGGGGAGCAAAUGGCAGCUUGUGGCGAUCGACCAAUGAUGCCCUCAUUGCUGGCGCCCAAAGCUUUGGCGCCGCCUAUGGGCCUCAUUCAACCAGAGCCUUUGCGAACCUACUUGGAACCGCCCAUGGUGGGAGGCGACUCUCUUGGUGGAAGCCAUCAAUCGGAGGCAGCUCAAAUGGGAGCAUGGCCAGGCUUCCAGAUACCGCCCUCAUUGCUGGCGCCCAAAGCUUUGGCGCCGCCUAUGGGCCUCAUUCAACCAGAGCCUUUGCGAACCUACUUGGAACCGCCCAUGGUGGGAGGUCACUCCCUUGGAGGGAGCCAUCAAGCAGAGGCAGCUCCAGCAUGGCCAGGCUUCCAGAUCCCGUACCCUGGAAGUGGCUAUGGGGCCCACGGGGCCUUGCCGCCCAAUGGAGCCACGGAGCCUGUCACCAGUCUCCAACAUCUGGCAGGUGUUAGUGCGAAACAAGACAAAGAAAUUCUCGACACCCUGCGCUCGAGCGGCUUGGCACUGAAUUUGAAGAGCCUCGACGAGCCUGAGGUUGAUAUCGGCCAGAUGCUGAACAUGUCUAUGGCCACUCAGGGAAGCGCUCACGCCAGUAUGGAGGGAAAUGCGAAGACACCUUCCAUGAAUGCAGCAGCUGCGUUUUCACCUGAGCCAACGGCAGUUCCCAAGCCAUCACAGGUGCGGGUCACCAGCAGCUCUAUGAUAGCGGCAGAGGAUUACCUCCGCGGCUACCGCCCUCAGAGCAAUGCGCAACGUUUGACAUACCCAAGCGGUGUCACCAUUGACUUCUCCGAAUUGGCACCAGUGAUGAGAGUCGUUGCCAUUGCCAAUUCUCAGUCGCGCUCGCGGAUCUUUGGGGCGAUUGAGAGUGGCAUGCACGUCCGCACUGCCAUGCAAGUCUUUCGGGAGUGCGAUCGGGAUGGCUGUGGCUUCCUCACCUGGAGCAAUGGCCAGAUUCGAGACUUUGUCAUGACAGUCUUCAUCCAGUUAAGCUUAGUGCCACCUGCUGAGAUGCAAACCUAUGCAGCGCACACGCUCUUUGACAUGAACAGGAGCAUGUGUUUAUCUGCAUGUGAUUGCCUUUGCCUGGUGGAUGUGAUGUUGCGAGCCAUCUCUCUUGUGGAUGGACAUCAAGUCGACCAGGUGCCCCGUGCGCCACGAAGUCGUUCCCCCGGCACAGCCUCGGUGCGUGCCGUGAGCUCGCCGGUUGCAGAGGAGUUGGCACAGGCGCAGGCAGAGACGGAGCGCCUGAGGCAAGAACUUGAGGAGCUGAAGGCUGCAGAAGCUGCAGCAGAAGCUGGAGAUCACAGGCCAUUCACUUCAACCGAAGGUUUUCUUGAGCCAACAAGCGAUACAGCAGCACUUUUGUCCACUGCCAAAGCGCAUGCGGAGAAUCGGCGCUUGGAACGUGAGCUUAAGAAUCUGAGGGCUCUGGCAAGCCGUCAGCGUGGGGAGGUGGAGUGGCUCAACGAGCUCAAACAGCAUCUGAACACCAGCCGCCAAGAGGAGCUGGAGGAGGAACACCUGAGGCUGAUGGAGAUGCAGCAGGAGGAGGAGGCAGCAGAACAGGCUGCACUGCGGCAGCAGCAGGAGAUGGAAGAACGACGGCAGCGGCACUUGGAAGCUUUGGUUCAGGAGCGAUCUGAGCGGCGCAGGCGUUUGGAGCAACGGGAGAAGGAGCUGCAAGAACAGGAGAUGGCGCAGGAAGCAGAGGAGGAGAGGCUCCAACAGAAAGAGCAGGACCUGCAACAAAGAGAACUUGAGCUCCACAAAGAGAGGGAGCGGAGCAUUCAGCAGGCCGAGGCGUUGCGAGGGCGAGAACUGGACGUCUCCAGGGAGAUUGGACGAUUGCAGGCUGCUGCUGUGGGCCUGACACCUCCAGUAGCGCCGGGGCCGGUCAUCUCACCGAGUGCAGCGUCACAUGUGGAGCCGGAGGAAGAGGCCGAUGCUGAUGCUGCAGAGGCUGCAGCCAUGGCUGCUGCGCAGUCACUGGAAAACCGCAAACUGCGUCGGGAACUGGAGAGUCUACGUGCCUUGGCCCACUGGCAGCAGAGUGAGGUCGGAGCUGCCAUCGCUUGCAAGAGCGCAGCGCCUGGUGAGAGUCAGCACAGGGGCCCUUCAGCUGCUUCAGCUGCAGCUGGUGGUGGGCAGUCGAGCGGCUCCAAGCCACGAGGCGCCUUGGUGAUGGCUGCCCUGGCUGGUGAGGCCCUGGCCCAGCGCCAGGCAGAUGCACCUGACAGCGCCCCGUGGCAAUGCCACACUUGCGGAUCCAGUCCAGAGCAAUCCUCCUAUGGCCGCGGUGGAUUGGAGGACUACGACCGCACCGUGCGUGACCUGAUGUCACGUGUCCUGGGCCGGUCGGAUGACCUGGACUCGCCACACGCUUUGCCGAGAGCUCGCAGCCCGAGACGAGUCCUGGAGCCAGUGACGAUGCAGUGAUGGCCGGAUCGAAGCGGGUCGAAGCGGGCCGAAGCGGGUCGAAGCUUUCACAGCCUGUGUGGCUGUGGUGACCUUGCACCCUUUGCUUGGCCCAGUGGCUUAGCCAAAGGCUGUCCAACAGGUGUUGGCACAGGACCAAUGACUGUGAAGAAAGGAAGCUGGGGUGUUUCUCGAACCACUGUAUCCGCU